GAGAGAAACCCUAACCCUAGCGAGCUCUCUCCUCAGCGCGCCAAUGGCAACCCACGAUCUCACGUCGCGCAUCGCGCCGCACUUGGACCGCCACUUGGUCUUUCCGAUGCUCGAAUUCCUCCAGGACCGGCAGCUCUACGAUGAUGGUGAGAUCCUCAAGGCCAAAAUCGAGCUUCUCAGCCAGACCAACAUGGUAGACUACGCUAUGGAUAUCCACAAGACCCUAUACCACACUGAAGACGUUCCUCAAGACAUGGUGGAUCGGAGGGUGGAGGUGGUGGCUAGGCUGAAAUCUCUGGAGGAGGCUGCAGCACCGCUUAUUUCGUUCCUACAGAAUGCGACAUUGGUGCAGGAGCUCAGGCCGGAUAAGCAGUACAAUCUCCAGAUGCUACAAGAUCGGUUUCAGAUUGGACCUGAUCAGAUUGAGGCUUUGUAUCAGUAUGCCAAGUUCCAAUUUGAGUGUGGAAAUUAUUCUGGUGCGGCUGACUAUUUGUAUCAGUAUCGUGCUUUGUGCACUAACAAUGACAGAGGUUUGAGUGCAUUAUGGGGCAAGCUUGCAGCUGAAAUUUUAAUGCAGAAUUGGGAUGUUGCCCUAGAGGAACUUAAUCACUUGAAAGAUAUAAUUGAUUCAAAGAACUUUGCAUCUCCUUUAAAUCAGCUGCAGAACAGGAUUUGGUUGAUGCAUUGGAGCCUUUUCAUAUUCUUUAACCAUGAGAAUGGAAGGAAUGGAAUCAUCGAUCUGUUUUUUCAAGAUAGAUAUCUGAAUGCUAUUCAGACAAAUGCGCAUCACCUUUUGCGUUAUGUUGCAACUGCUGUCAUUGUUAACAAAAGGCGAAGAAAUAUGCUCAAGGAAUUGAUCAAAGUUAUUCAGCAGGAACUGCAUUCUUACAAAGAUCCUAUAACAGAAUUUCUAGAAUCCCUGUAUAUUAAUUAUGACUUUGAAGGAGCGCAGAAGAAAUUGAAAGAAUGUGAACAGGUUAUAUUGAAUGACCCUUUUCUUGGCAAACGUGUGGAAGAUGGUAACUUUGCUACUGUGCCUUUGAGGGAUGAGUUCCUUGAGAAUGCUCGCCUCUUUAUUUUUGAGACUUACUGCCGUAUUCAUAGGUGCAUUGAUAUCAGCCUGCUUGCAGAAGAGUUGAGCAUGACCUAUGAUGAUGCCGAAAGAUGGAUCAUGAAUCUGGUUAGAAGCUCAAAGCUUGAUGCUAAGAUUGACUCUGUUGCAGGGACUGUUAUUAUGGAGUCAACUCACCUCAAUGUAUAUGAGCAGAUCAUAGAAAGCAUGAAGAACCUUGAUAUGAGGACUCGAUUGCUAGCAAAGAAUGUUUUGGAGCCAGCUCAAGUCAUACAAACGGCUCGGUAGAGAUCGAAACAAGUUUUGAAUUGUGAUUUUGGAGCUUGUAUUUUAGUUCUUCAGGCUAUAAAAGAUUGAAAUUUAGUUUUGCAAAUCGGCCGAAGCUUCACCUUUGCUUAAUUUUUAGUAUUUAUUUUGUAUCAGUUCAGAACAUUUGUUAUUGAGUUUUUUUUUUUUUUUAAAAAAAAGCAAGAUACCUUGUGGAACUUGUGAUUGCUUA